GUCAGCGAGCGGCCCAGGCCUCGGGAGCUCUCCCGGCGUCAGCGAGGGGUCCCGGCGUCCCGGCAUCAACGAGGGGUCCCGGCCUCGGGAGUUCUCCCGGCCUCAGCGAGCGGCCCAGGCCUCGGGAGCUCUCCGGCGUCAGCGAGGGGUCUCAACAUCCGCGGGCGCGCCCUCUGGCACUGGCCAGCGCUCUCUGUGUUAACGAGCUGGACUUAGCGAGUGGUCCCCCACUGCGGAGUUUCUGCUUGUAAAUCCAACCCCUGGCGGGGCAGCCCUUCAGCAAAGAUGCUGCGGAGCUUUCGAAGGAAUUGCAGGAGCCAGUUUAAACACAUCAUCCCUGGCUUGGUCCCCGCUGCUAGCCUGGCCCCAAAGCCAGCAGUGCCUCGAACUCCUCCUCCCCGCAGCCCUGACCCAUCUCCAGAGAGACGCAGGUCUGCUCUGGCUGCAGCCGUUCUGGCUACUACGUUGACAGGACAGACUGUCGCCAUUCCCCAGCCUGGCCAGAGAUUCCCGCCAGACAGUGACAAGGACAUCUUCGCUGAGCCCUGUGCCGCCAACUCGGAGCUAAGGCUUGGGUCUGGUUGGCAGAAUGGGCCUGGAAGAACUUCACCAUCCUGUGAGACGUCAGACUAUGGUGAAGAAGGGGAGACUGAAACGCAGGGGUCCUCCAGCUGCAAGGACCUGCAGGAGGACAGCAGCUGCAGAGACGCGGGAGGCCACAGAGACGCUGAGUGCACUGUCCCACACAGACGCCAGGUGCCAUUGUCCCACGAAGUAUCCAGUGGAGAGGAUGGUGUUUCUGAGCUGGAUGGACGUUCAAGCUCCUCAUCUUCUAGAUCACUGUGUGUGCAACAAAAAGAUGGCAAACAACUUGUUCUGGAUUUAAAGGAUGGAAACGCGCCGUUACCCGAGAAACCUCCUCCCUUCCCAGAUACAAGUGGUCGAGUAUCUCAAAGGUGCAUUGAAAUAACCAAAGAAAGGCUCAAGGAAUUACAAAGAGAGAACUUGCUCAUGAUCUCUACGAAUCAAACCCUCAGCCUUGAACUGUUUACAACAAAACAGGAAAUGAACAAGUUACAAUUACAGCUUGAGACAAUGGAGGAAGACAGCAGAAGGCUGAAGGAGGCUGAGAGAGCAUCUUCCCAGAAAGUUGCAUCUGAACUACUUUCUCUAAAGAAACAAGCCCACGAACUCACGGCUGAAAAUGAGAGCUUGAAAAUGCUUGUGCAUCGUUUGAACACAGAACUGAGUCGCUAUCAAACAAGGUUCAGGCAUUUGUCCGAGGAAGAGAGAGUUCACACUGAAGGCCUUCCCAAGAAGGGCCCUAUACCACCCUGGUCGGUGGAUUUAAAGUCCCUUUCACCUUUGCUGAUGGCUUAUGAAGACAGAAUGAACGAGAAGGACGAGCUCAGGGCCAGCCUGGAGGUGGAAAUGAGAUCACUUAGGAUGCGAGUCCAAGAAGUGGUGAAAGAAAAUGAAGGACUGUACGAAAAGUUAAACAAGGAUAGUCCUGUUACCAUGGAGAAAUGGCAUCAGAUUCGUACCCAGGCCGAAGAGAUUUUUGAAGAAAACAAGUUUCUGAAGGAGCGCCUGAGAACUCAGGAAGCACAAGCCCAGAGCAGCGCCCAGGAGCAUCUUGUAGAAGUUGCUAAGGUGACCAAACAACUCAUUCUGGAGGAGGCCAAAACAGGACGGCUGGAAAAGGAGCUGAGGGAGAGCAAGGAGCAGCUGGAGAGUUCACGUGCCAUGUGCCAAACACUCCAAGAGGAGUCGGACAGGAAGAUCGCAGUGGAUGUCCAUGCUUCAAUGGUAAACCAGUUAAAAAGCCAGUUGCAGGAGAAAGAAGAGAAGGAAAGCGCCGAGGUGGAUGCAUUGAUGGAGAAGCUGAUGGCCCUGCAGGAGCAGAGGAGGAGCCUGCUGCUGGAGAAGGGCCGCUGGGCGGACAGAAGCAAAGCUCUGGAGGCCGAACUCCGGCGCGCACAGAAAGUGAUGAGGCAAUCUCAAAAGAAGAUUGACUUCCUCAGAAAGCAAGUGGAGAAGGCCAUGGGGAGUGAACUGGCUGCUCACCAGUACCUGGCAAACCUGCUUGCUGUGGCUGAGAAAGUAAUCCAGGAACGUGACACUCUUAAGUAUUUGGCUAAAUGUUUAGAAAACGAGAAGCAUGGAAUUCUUGACAAAGUUAUGAAAGGCAAUGUUUGCCUGGGAAAGCUGGAGGAGAAGGUGAAGGAGUAUAAGAAGAAGGCCGCACUGAAGCUGGACGAGAUCAAUCACCGCCUUCGAGAACAGCAGGAGGACUUCGCCUGCAAAACAGCCCAGUACCAGCAGGAGAUGCGGCACCUUCAUGGCGUGCUGCAGGACAAGCAGGCGGUCCUGGACAAGGCGCUGCAGCAGAAAAGAAAAAUGGAAGACAAGCUCGAAAUUGUUUUGGAAUCCACCUCCAAGGAAAACCAAAGAAUCCGAGAACUUCUCCAGACCACGUUAGAGAAGAGAGACAUGUGGGACACCAGAGCUACCGGGGACCCCUGCCUCGAUGGCAUCUCUCAGGGAGACCUGCUGGUUGGCUCCAGUUUCAACUACUGUGACCUUCAGCCUCUUGCUACCACCCCCCACCAGAGUGUGUGGGAGCCUGUGGAUUAGGUCACCUUGGCUUGAGUGUCCGCCUCCCACAGGCCAGCAAGGGUGGCUCCUCUCCCUAGAUGGGUCCA